UAAUUAUUUGUAUAAAUUGGUUCAAAAAUUAUAUCCAAUAAUUAUGAUAAUAUUGAAAUUGAUCAAAUGAAUGAAUUAGUGCAACGAACUUGAAAAAAAGAUGUAAGGUAUACGAGGGACGGUCCCCUUUUUUCUGACUUAAAAUGUCACCCUUUAGAAAUAAAAACCUUUCAUAAUAAUGGAAUGCAGGAUAGAGGCGCCUAGAGGGGUGUUUAAUAAUGCAAUAUGCCGUCGAAGCGUCGCGACGCUAUGCCGACUAUGCCGCAUACCAAGAACAUAUAGAUGGGGAGAGUGAAACGAAAGAAUUUAACAAUGAUGACAUUGGAAAGAGAUAAAAACGAAUCUGAAGUUCCAGGUAUUCCAUUCGAAGAUUUGUCAAAAGAAUUUCUUUUAAUGCGCGUUAAAGGUGGUACAAAAAUUAGAAAUGUCUUGGGAUACGCAAUAAAGGAAUUUUCGAAUCACGAUUGUAUUGUUUGGACUGGUGUUGGAGAAGCUGUCGGUAAAGUAAUUUCCUGUAGUGAACUUUUUAAAACUAUAUAUAAAGGAUUACAUCAAGUUACAAGAUUACGUUAUAUUGUAUCAAAAAAUUCAGAAAAUACGAGUAAAAAUGUAAAAGAAGAAAUUCGCCGUGUACCAGAGAUUCAUAUUUUAUUAUCAAAAGAGGCUAAAGACAUUACAGUAUCUGGUUAUCAAGCUCCAGAUGACCCCGGACAAUUCAACUUUCAAAAUGAUACCAGUCAAACGAAAUUAAAUAAAAAUAAUAGUAAUAGCAAUAACAAUAGUAAUAGUAAUAGUAGUAGUAGUAGUAGCAGCAGCAGUAGUAGUAAUAGUAAAGGUAUAACUAAUAUUGAUGCAGAGAAAUUUGCUGCUAUGGAAUUAAUAACUGGACGAAAAAGACUAAAAAAGAAUCAACUAACGUUAACACCUUCAAAGAAAAAUAAAAAAGCGAAUAAAAAUGAUCAAAAAUAAUGAAUAAAUAUGAUAUAAAUAAAAAUGCAUUGAUUGUUUCAAGGUACAAAGUUUAUUUUAUAUUAAUACAUAGAGAUUGGUCACAUGAAAUACUCUAUUUUUAUAUCUCUACGUUUCUACUAUCCUCCAUUAUUUAAGCAUCAUUCUCGAAUUUCUUUUUUUUUCUACUUACAGAAUAUACAUAUAUAAUAUCAAAAAUUAUCUGCUUGCAUUACUCUGUAACAAAGUAUAAAUAUGCUUUGAUUCAUGUAACUUAUUACAUUUACAGUGUGGAAAUUAUAUACUGAUAGAUUUAUUUUUUUUAUAACUAAAUAAUAAUAAGAAAUAGUGUACAACAUAACAGUAGAGGUACAAAUGGUGCAAUUAAGAUUGUAUUAACAAGAUUAAUAACAGAGUUUUCAUUUGCUUGGUUAAUUAUUAAAUUGAUGGGGAAAUUGGCAGUGAUAUGGAAUAAUUUCCUGUUAGAUAUAUUGCUUCGUAUUAUAAUACAAUAAACUAGAAAUAUUUUUUAAUAACAUUAAAAUGUUAUCACAAAAAAUACAUAUAAGUUUGUACCUAUCUAGUAAGAUCAUUGAAUAGACUUAUUAUUUCUUUUAUCUAUUGAACAUAAAUAUCUUCUUUUCUUUUGAAAAACAAUACAAAUUAUUAUUUAUAUGUAUUAAAAUGUAAAUAUGUUUAAACAAUUGAAAAGAAGAAAUAUAUAUAUAAACGUGGUAUGCAUAACUGAAGCAUAUUACAGGCGUAAUAACAUACGAAAACUAUAUAUAUACAAAUAAUAAUUGUUAUAAUACAAUUCCGAUUGAUUUUUCAUCUUCGUUUUCUUGAAGAAUUAGUCCCAGUUCUUUUAAGAUAGUAUUAUGCAUAAGAUCUGGAUAGAAUUAUGAAUAACUCGUCAAUUAUCCAAAUUUUCUUUGCGUAGGUUCUGAAUUAGGAUAGUCUUUUGCAUUAUUACUGUUGAAUAGAUUAUCGUUUAAGAAAAAUAAAAUUAUAUUAGUAUUAAGAGAGUAAAAUUCGUAUAAGAUUAUCAAAAGAAUACAUAAAUUUUCAGCGUCAAUAUUAUAACAAU